GGUCCCUCUCGCCGAGCAGCUCCGCCCCGCAGUCGAGGACAGACAGCGAAGAGACUGAGACAUGUGCUGAGAGAGAGACAGCGCGCUGUGGAGGCAGGACCGCUCGCCUUUAGGUAGGAAAGACAGAAAAUGUCAUUUCGCACUUGUGAGAGCGUCGUCGGUCUGUGAGGAGCAGCAAGUUGUUGACGCGCAGAAGCGACAUUUAAAGCGCCACGGCAUCAACUUUGCGCGUGAUGCGGCGCGCGCGGGUUCAGCAUCGCGUCUGUGAGAGCGCCACGAGACCGCAACCGAGAUAACUUUCACACGGCAGUUGUAGCCACGGAAGUGCGGGCUACUUUUCCCCCUCGCUGACCGCCGAUAAAGAAGACCGACUCGCUUCAGGUGGCUUUCAGAGAGAGGAGAAGCACGGACAGCGCGCGCGCGCGCGCGGGUGUGUGGAGUACCGGCAGGAUUUUAGAGCGCGCACGUUCGCCUGAAUGGAUGGUAACGACCUGGCCGCUUUUUUACGAGUCAGAGAAAAGUUUUCGAACGGCGCUGGAAGGAAGAAUGGACGCGAAAAGCGAGCGGUAUUGUAGUUUGAAACGCCGCGCGCUCGUCGUGGAAACAUCUCAAGCUGUGGAGGUCGAGAUGCUGGAUGGAUCCUCCGCGAGAAGUUCAUACGCCGAGCUUUGACUUUACUUUUAUUCCUCCGCAGAAGAAUGUGAUGCGUGUGAAUAAGACUCACCCACACGUGAUCGUUCUUCUCAAGCGCACCUGCUGUUAUUAACCGAGCUUGUAUUUUUCUCCCCGUUUGCGUUGACAUUAUGUGCAAGAACUCGAUUGCGUAUCAGAUGGAGUUGACGCUUUUCAUGGUCGUCCUCCUGUUUUGGGUCACCGUGUGUGCGGAUGACAGUAAGAUCAUUUCAGACCGGUAUGCUGUGUACUGGAACAGCACGAAUCCCAGAUUCUUGCAUGGUGAAUACACAGUGGAGGUGGCCAUCAACGACUACCUGGACAUCUACUGUCCGCACUACGAGGACCAUCUUCCUCAGGAGCGCAUGGAACGCUACAUCCUUUUCAUGGUGAACUAUGACGGCUACACCACCUGCAACCACCACAUGAAAGGCUUCAAACGCUGGGAAUGCAACCGCCCGAUGAGUCCAAACGGGCCCCUCAAGUUCUCAGAGAAGUUCCAGCUGUUUACACCCUUCUCUCUGGGCUUCGAGUUCCGCCCAGGCCACGAAUACUACUACAUCUCCUCACCACACCCCAACCUCGGUGGGAAGCCGUGUUUGAAGCUGAAGGUGUACGUCAAGCCUACGAAUGACUCUCUGUACGAGUCUCCGGAGCCGUUCCUGACAGAUGACUCCAGCGGCGGUUGGGCAUUAACACCCAGCCUGUGGCUCAUGCUUCCGCUGCUUCUGCUCCUGUGUCCCUCAUAGCAUUAUCACCCUCUGAGAAUAACCACGCCCACCCAACCCGCCCGCCCCCAUCAUGCAUCACAAUGACAGGCCCCACCCCUUAAGUUCUGGAGUCCAGCCAACAGACGUUGAUAAUGGAUUUUUACCCAGCCUGCAACCCCCCGCAGGACAGCCGCUAACCAGCCCUCAUUUGCAAUGACAAUUACGCCGCGCCCAAAUUUGGGCAUUCCUGCAUCGGCGCUCUUCCCCGACCGAGAAGAGACGUGUGAAUUGGCCGGCUUUUUUAAGAGCGCUCUACUUUUCUGCCAACAUCCCGCCAUCAUCUGCGUGUCAGGAGACAGAUUCAUCCGAAUCGCUCUGUUUGUCUGCGUUAACCACCUACCUGAGCCUUCACUGUCACCUGAGCUCAAUUUUCACGUUUGUGAGAGCGCGUGCGAGUCUCGAUGCUCGUGUUUGCGUGUGUGUUUGUGCUCGUUGGUGCGCGUGUGCCGAUGUUCGAACAAAUGUACAGAGCAGUCACAGUCCUUUACAAAAUGACUAGAAAAAACUCGUUCCAUUACACAUUGAGAGAAGAAGACAAUUCUAUCUGUGAAUCUGCCAAAGACACUACUUAAACUUUUUUUAAUAAGGGGAGUGGGGAAAAUACUGGCUUUGGUAGGAGAUUACGUGCAACCAUGGAACAUUUCAGGCUUUUAGAGUCGUGGGAGGGGAGUGACAGGCAACAGCGUAGAUUUUUCUAUUAUUAUCUUUUUUUGUCAUACAAAAAAGAAACAAAAAACAAGAAUGUUGCAUAGUUUAAAAAAAAAAAACAUAGCUAAAAUGGCCUUUUUUCACUGGUGCUUAAUCUGAAAUGAGCUUGUCUGUCUUGAACUGCAAAAAGAUCAUUUUCUUAGUUAUUAUUUUUGACUUGUUUUCCUGUAAAGAUAUUAAAACCUUUGCAAAACAAGAUACGUUUAAUUGAAAAGAAAACUAUCGUGUAAGAUAUAUUAUUUCAAAUAAUAGUCCAAUAUCGAGCGAUGUUUUAUUUACCCUAUUGGAAAUUACGGAGCCCGUUAAGUUGACCGCUUCAAAAAAAGGAGAAAGGUUUUCUCUGGAAAAUUCCCAGUUUGAAAAGGGAUACAACAUUUCUUGAUUUUUCACAUAAUAGAACGACGGUUUGUCUCAUUCACGUGUCAAGAAAACAGAAAAUGUUUCUUGUACACGCUGAAAACAAAACAACAAAACGGUCCAUUGUGAAUAAAUUUCAUUGUAUGAAAAGGUUUUUUGCAUGCAUGUAUCGCUGGAAAAAAAUAGUGUUGAAACAAAUUUCGCUCGGAAACCAUUUACAAGUUACAAAGAAAUGACAAGCGGAUUUUGAAGUAGAAAGAAUUAAAUAUUUUUUUUGUUUUGGUUUGGUUUUUCACUUAAUUACAUUUUAACUUUAAAACUUUUUUUUAUGUAGAUGUAGAAGUUUUUGUGGCACUUUAGGGGCUCCGUAGCAAAUAAUCAUCUUUUUCGGUUUGCUUGUUUGUUUAAGCGUAAUUCUGACAAAAUUGAUGUUUUAAAAAAAAAAAAUAUUUUUCCAAAAUAAUAAUAAUAAUAACAACAACAACAAUUCAUAUAUAUAUAUAUAUAUAUAUAUAUAUAUAUAUAUAUAUAUAUAUAUAUAUAUAUAUAUAUAUAUAAAAUUGUGAGAUGUAUUAUUUCAAAUAAUAAUCUUACACCGAGUGACAUUUUAUUUUCCCUUUUGGAAAACGGUGGUCUUAAUAUCCGACGUUAAUAUACACAAGACAAAAAUACAGAUUAAGAGAAUGUAUUUCUGCAGUGUAUACAGUGCCAAGUGGAAGAGGGGAUGUCUGUGUCGAGGAAGUGUUUGUUGUCAGGUCAGCUUUCUAACUUUCGUCUCAGCCUGUGUCGCUCUUUAUAUCUGCCUCUCUCUCUCUCUCUCUCUCUCUCUAACUCUGUUUCUUUCGGUCUCUCUCUGUCUCUCGCUCUCUCUCUCGCUGUCAUUUUUGAAUGUGGUCUGUUCUAUGUGCCGCCCCGUCACGCAUAGAUCUCCCACACUUGCACUUGCUCCCUUUAUCCGUGCUGAGGAGGACCGCUGAAUGAGAGGCCUCAGGACCCUGAGCGCCCGGUCGCUGUGACAUCGCUGUGACAUCAUAGGCUUCUGCGUAAAAGACUGACGGACCGAGGCCUUGCACUGCAACUAGAAACGCUACAUGAGACUCCAUAUGAGGGAUUCAAAAUCCACAUAGCACUUCUGCUUUUGAGACAAUUUCAUGGAAGAAAAAAAAAAAGAACGGAAAGGAGAAACUAUAAAGAUGUGGGAAUAUUUGUGAGUUGGAAUUGUUUUGUGACUGUAAAAAUAUAUGUCAUGAAGAUUUCAAAGGCAAGUCGGCAUGGAUCGUCUAAGAGAACGAGCAACGUUUUUUAAAUGUUUGUUGGAACUUUUAUAUUUUACUUAUUCCCGUGUUAUUUUUAACUUUUCAAAAGAGCAGCAGAAAUUAUUCAUAUGUGAUAUGAAAUUAUAAUGUAGACCCUUGAAUUAUUAGAGCAACGAUGGUACCAGUUCUGCAGUUACAUGAGUCUAGACGAGUCAGAUGUUGCUGUUGUUGUUGUUGUUGUUUCCUGCUUGUAUCACGAUGCAUUCUGGUACAUGUAGUCCUGAAAUGUUUUGUUUUUCCUUUCUCCAAGUGUUACUAUGAGAUUAUUUUUAUUCGUUAAUCAUGUGGAUAAAACAUAUUUUGAGUUCAUAUAAAAUGUUCAAAUGCUCUGGCAAAGGACAACUACAAGAAAAAAAGGAAAAAAUGAAAUAAAGCUUUUUGUUUACA